UCCCAAAAGUCUCGAGGCCCGACUCGUUGGCUCCCAUUAGGAGCGCCACCCAGCUAUAUUGUCGCUUCCUUUUUCCAAACCCUAAACCCGGUGGACCUUCGAUUCGAUCGGGAUUAGGGUUAGGGUGUGGAAUCCGGACGAAGAUGAUGUAUGGCGAGCAGCCGCACAACCCCGAGUUUUCCCGCGCACCGCCUCCUCCUUCACGGCAGCCGUCGGCGUCGUCCACCAAUCUAGCGCCGGAUUUCCCUCGCCCGCCGGCCCCUUACGAAGCAUAUGGAGAUAGUUUUGCUGCUAGAAGAAUGCGAAAGGUUGUCCAACGGCGUGCUGUGGAUUAUACAAGCACAGUUGUUCGAUAUAUGCAGGUUCGUAUGUGGCAGCGAGAUGUUGGGGACAGAACUGCACUGCAACCUACUCCAGCUGCAGUCUUGGAUAUCUUACCAACAGCUGCAUAUGCAGAUAACCCAUCCAUAAGUUUUGCUGCCAAAUUUGUUCAUGCUUCAACAAACAAAAAUAGGUGUUCCAUUAAUAGGGUCUUGGUAAGUUGCAAGAAUUUCAAGUCAUUUUAUCCUUUUUGGCUAGCAAUUAAAAUAAGUUUUGGUUAGUCUUUUGCAGUUUUG